ACAACCCUCGAAAGUGAGAGGCGAGGGACGCACUCUGAGCCGGAAUGGGCGACUGGAAAGGCUACAUCAGUGCGGUGCUGCGGGACCAGCGCAUCGACGACGUGGCCAUCGUGGGCCACUCGGACAAUCGCUGCGUGUGGGCAUCGCGGCCCGGUGGCCUGCUGGCGGCCAUCUCACCGCAGGAGGUGGGUGUACUCACCGGGCCGGACCGGCGCACCUUCCUGCAGGCGGGCCUGAGUGUGGCGGGCCGCCGCUGCUGCGUCAUCCGAGACCACCUGCUGGCCGAGGGCGAUGGAGUGCUGGACGCGCGCACUAAGGGGAAGGACGGGCGCGCCAUUUGCGUGGGCCACACGCCGCGUGCACUCCUCGUGCUCAUGGGCCGGCGGGGCGUGCAUGGGGGCGUUCUCAACAAGACGAUGCACGAGCUGAUCCAUGGGCUGCGCUCGCAGGGCACCUAG